CCGGUCGCUGUUGCUACUUGCCUCGAUCCAAAGGAAUUAUUUGAGACAUUAUUUGUCAACCUCCGCUCCGCUCGCUAUGGCUACCGUUGAAUCAAAAUAUGAACCACACGACAUGGAAUUCCGUCGCCUUGGCCCUGCGGGCCUCAAAGUAUCGGUCUUCUCGCUCGGUGGUUGGUUGACGUACGGUGGCACCCAGAAAGGAUCUAUUGUGAAGGAUUGCAUGCAAGCUGCCUGGGACAAUGGCAUCAAUUUCUUUGACACUGCCGAGGUCUAUUCCAAAGGCCAAUGUGAAAUUGAAAUGGGCCAAGCUUUGAAGGAGUUGAGCUGGCCGCGAGACGAAUUCGUGCUGAGUACCAAGGUUUUCUUUGGUACUGGCAGGAAAGAACCUAAUACCCGAGGUCUCUCAAAGAAGCACAUCGUCGAGGGCUUGAAGAGCUCGCUAGAGCGUCUUCAGACUCCAUACGUCGAUAUUGUUUUUGCCCAUCGUUUCGAUCCCGACACCUCUAUGAGAGAGAUUGUGGAAGGCUUUACGCAAACGAUCCAGAUGAACUUGGCCUACUAUUGGGGCACAAGUGAAUGGUCAGCCAAACAAAUUGAGGAAGCGAGCGAAAUUGCGGAGAAAUACAAUCUCAUUGCGCCUAUCGCUGAGCAACCACAGUAUAAUGCGUUCCAUCGCGAGAGAUUCGAGCAGGAAUACGCGCCGUUGUAUGAGAAGUUUCAGUAUGGCACCACCAUAUGGUCUCCUCUCGCUUCAGGUCUCUUGACGGGCAAGUAUGAGAAUGGAAUACCCGAAGACUCGCGUUUUGCGAACAACAAGGCAUUCUUUGAGGACUCGAUAAAGAAAUUAAGCACUGAAGAGGGAAAAUCCAAGAUUGAGAAGGUGAAGCAGCUUCGCCAAGUGGCUGAAAAGCUUGGAGGAAAUACUACCCAGCUCGCUCUCGCGUGGUGUGCCAAAAACAAAAACGUCAGCACUGUAAUCCUGGGCGCAACAAAGCCCCAACAGGUGCAUGACAAUUGCAAAGCCCUGCAGCUGCUCCCAAAGCUUACCCCAGAAGUCAUGGGUGAGAUUGAGGCCAUCCUGCAGAACAAGCCAAAAGCUUCACUGUAAGCAGGUGUAGGAUUACUGUGAGUUGGCGUACGCGCUGGGGCUCAGCCAGGAUUGUAGAUGAAAAUACAAAACGCUAUACUUCUAGCUGUUCCCUCGGAUCCAG